AUGGAGCUGUCCCAGCUACUCAAUGAGCUCAGGGCAAACUAUGAAAAGCUCCUCACCAGAAAUCAGAUAGAGACCGUGCUCUCAACAAGGAUCCAGUUGGAGGAAGAUCUAAGCAAAAAAAUGGACAAAGAUGAAGAGGCUUUAAAGGCGGCUCAAGCAGAACUCAAGGAAGCCCGACGCCAGUGGCAUCACCUGCAAGUGGAAAUUGAAUCUCUCCAUGCUGUGGAAAGGGGCCUUGAAAACUCCCUACACGCCAGUGAACAACAUUACCAGAUGCAGCUGCAAGACCUAGAGGCAGUGAUUGAAGGACUAGAAAAAGAGCUACAGGAAGUAAGGCGCGGCAUUGAAAAGCAGCUUCAAGAGCAUGAGAUGCUCCUCAACACGAAGAUGAGGCUAGAACAAGAAAUCACAACUUAUCGCCGCCUCCUGGAAAAGGAAGAAAUCAGAUAUUAUGGUUGCAUCCAAGGUGGGAAAAAAGAACAAAAACCUACCACAAGUAGAGUUGGUUUUGUUUUACCUUCAGCCAUUAUAAAUGAAAUAUCUUUUUCAACAAAAGUCCCACAGAAGUAUGAGGACGAAAAAGUGGAAACAGUGACCAAACAAGCAAUAUUAAAUGGAAAUGUCGUGAAAGAAAGCACUGAAGCUCAUGGCACUAUUCAGACAGAGAAAGUGGAUGAAGUUAUUAAAGAAUGGGAAGGUUCCUUCUUUAAAGAUAACCCUCGAUUAAGGAAAAAAUCUGUUUCUCUUCGAUUUGAUCUUCAUUUAGCAGCCACUGAUGAAGGGUGUUUACAGACUAAGCAGGAUAAUCUACCAGAUAUAGAAGUCAGGCUUAUCAUGAGAAGAUCAUGCAGUAUCCCCUCUAUCAAACCUCCAUCAGCAGCUAAUUAA